AAUGCUAUCGGCGCCCUCUACGUAUCGACGCCGAACCUCCCUGCAUAUAUUACUAUUCAUUAUUAAUGUUAUUCUUGUAUUUUAAGUAGACAUCUCCAGGUCCUCAGACAACUAGCAUCUUGCGUCUUACUAUCCGCGCCUAUCUCCUUAGAGUGUGUCGUAUUCCUUCGUCUCUUUGGGCUAUUAUACUCCCAGAAUCAUUCUACCAUGGCAGCAACUUUCUUAACGGGUGCAGCUUUUGGAGCUGCCACCAUGGGUGCUUCAUUCCAUAAUCCUGCCAUUGUCGUUGCCCAGAUGAAGUUUGAAAACUUUCAUAUGGUACAGGCAUUUCUCGCCGCAACUGCAAGCAGCGCAGUCAUAUACACUGUUGCAGAACACUUCGACUACGUGAAGCUAAAGCCCAGAAGCUCCUCGCCGAUAGGUCUUUUCUCUAGAUAUGACGGCAAUAUCAUCGGCGGUGCCCUCCUCGGUGCUGGAAUGGCCUUGUCGGGCUCUUGUCCGGGGACACUGUAUCCUCAACUGGCUGCUGGCGUCCAUACCGGCUUUCAUGCACUCAACGGAGCCAUAAUAGGCGGCAUUUUAUGGACUGGGUUCUUUUCAAAGAUGGUCAAGUGGAAUAAAGAAAAAGCAAACGUCACUCCUAUAACUACGACUGCGAAUGAUCAACUGGGUCUGAGUAGAGGCGCCACUUUGCUUCUCUUCGAGGCUGCCUGCCUUUCAAUUCUCGCAGCAACCACGGCCUAUACUCCCCAGUUUCCUGGAGCAAAGAUUCUCGGAACCACGGGCGGUUUAAUCAUUGGUCUCUCCCAGCUAUUCUCCAUCAUCACACGAAAGUCUAUGAUAGGCAUUUCUACCGCGUAUGAAGAGAUUGGUAACCACUUUUGGUGGCUGAUUAAGGGUGCAGAGCCAAAUACCAAACCGACUUCAUACAACAGCAUCAUAUUCGCCGCCGGCGUCACUGCUGGAGCCUGGGGAUUGCUCCAGGCUAUACCUUCGCUGGCCAGUGCUCCCGUGUUUGAGGCACCGCCGUUGUUGGCAAUGGCAGGAGGCGCACUCAUGGUUAUUGGAGCGCGAAUGGCUGGUGGCUGUACGUCCGGGCAUGGCAUUAGCGGCAUUUCAUUGCUGUCUCUGUCUAGCAUGAUUACAAUCGGCUGCGCGUUUGCUGCAGGAGCAGUUGUUGCACCUCUGGUUUAUUAAAGUAUGGCUACCUGGCAUAUUCUGAGCUUAUGGCCUUCCUA